AUGGCAACGGUACAUCCUGCCCCUCCAUAUCGCUCUGAGGUAGAUGUUGAUGGAUUGGAGAGCUUCGAGAGUACCGAAAUAUUGACUUCUAAUACCUAUAACAAGACGGAGAUAGAACCUUCCUCACAAAUUCAUCAUUCUACCGCUUUAGAUGUUGAUAACCAUUCACAGACCUCGUUUACGGGUGAUUUAGACGACUCAAAUACAUUGAAAUCAGACUUGGACGUUGAACGGUCGAGCGAAACCAACUCUUCUGUGAGUCCUUCACAGGACAACGAUAAUUCACUCGGAUCAAGCCAUAACUUUCACACAGACAAAAUGGCGACAGCUUUUCCGAUUAGCUCCCUUGGAGUGGAUUAUGAGCGAUCGUGUGAAGUAAACAGUCAGGAUGUAGAUUGGCAGCUCUCUUCUCCCGGGCAAACCGGCAUUAAGACACAACCAGAGACAUGUCGGACGGGAGAAAAUUCCAAUUUCACUACCAGCAAUACUGCGACAUCUUAUGGGACCUCACGCCAAUCAGUGGACCCGACAUGUAAACUCACUGUGAAGGAACAGUCAAAAGUAGACCGAGAAUUAUCCAAGAAACAGGUCCAGGACUUACGACCUUCUAAGAUUGUUGUCAUCUUUAAAUGGGUGGCCACGUUGUUACUGGGACUAACAGCACUCGGAUGUCUAAUAGCUAGCCGAGUCUCCUUCAUAUCAAUAGCUGUACGUCUGCGCAUGCCCGAAAAUGACAACAUCCCUAACAGUUCUUACGCCUACACAAUGAUCACCAUGAUACUUCUGAUCCCAAACGUCUUUAACCUGCUGAGGUCUCUAUGGAUGGGCUUGUCUCGUAAAGAUAUGCCGUGGCCGAGUAGGAGGUCCAUUUUCUGGAUAGUAGGGACCAGUAUCGUCGAGUCGUUUGGGAUAUGCCUCUUUGCAUUUAAAAUCUUCGGUCUGCAGUUCGGGGUGACCAGCAUUGUGAUGUCCGGGGGAGUGUUUUUUGGGCCGAUGUUUUACCUGAUCUACCGCCGUAAUCGUUGUAACAAACCGCUGUCUGUAACACUAAGCUGUGGAGCCGGAAUGGUGCUCCUGGCGAUCGUUAUUAUCAUCGGAGUAUGGAGGGGUUUCACCCUGCUGGAGGCCAUAAGUGCAUGGCACAUUCCUGUAGCUAUACUAUGUAUCAUGUUCACAUGGAUCCCUAGGGUACAGAAACGUUUGAUUUCUCUGUCGACCUCAUCAGGUGCAUGGACUUCAAACGUCCUACCGAACUCUAAAGACCAUUCAGGAGAAAUCGAAAACCUUGAAUCGAAUAUGGAAAGUGGAAGGUUUGAAGCCUCUUAUCAACUUGAUAAUGUCGUUGAAAACACGCAGAACGUAGUGGUAAACAUGGAAACACAGUCUUUCUGGAAGUCGGCUAUCAUCAUGUCCGCGUGUCGAAUCCCUGCAAUCAUCUUAUUCUCUGUAAUUCUUUACUUUUUUGACACGGACAAAUCCUUUAUCGGAGGAGCGAUGGAAUCCUUCAGAAAUUCCUGGAGCCAUUUCACCACGGAUACCACCGCUCUUAACAUGUUUAUUGUCAACAUAGUGUGUACCUUCAUCGGUUACUUCAUAUCUCUAUCAGCUUGUAGAAUCAACAUGCAAAGAGGAGCCUUCGUUCUGCCACUUAUGUUUUCGACUCCGGGAGUGAUGGCUGUAGUGUCGGGACUCUGUAGCUCCGGUGACUACUUUAUUGUAGAUGGAAUUGAUGAAGAUGUGUGCGACACCGGGGAAGUGGUGUACAGUGCGAUUUCCAGUGUACUUCUCCUUAUAUCAAUAUGUAUGUCAUUUGGCUGGAUUAUCUGGACCACAGAUACAGUGAUCAUGUGCUCGGAAUCCGAGGUGUUCUGGUCGCCCGUUUAUCCCGGUAUCAUGUUACACGAAUGGUUACUGAUAUCUCGGCGAAACAAAAUAACUGAGAUUCGGGAGGCACCGCAACAAGUGGCACAGAAAACUAAAGUGUACAUCUGUACUACCAUGUACCGUGAGACAAGAGAUGAAAUGGGGCAACUGCUAAAGUCAAUAUGUCGUAUAAAGGACGCACAGGCGCACUCCGACAAGUAUUUUGAAUCGCACGUGUUUUUUGACGGAGGAGUCAAAGAGAAAACGCCAACUGACUUCGCUCUACAGCUUAUAAGUCUUCUUCCGGAAACUCUAGGUGUUGACAUAACUAUGGUUACAAGAACCAUGACAACAUACGGCAUGAAGUUGUCAUGGCAACUGUUAGCAACAGGGGAAAGACGCCAAGCACGUGGUAUGACAUUCUCAAUUCACCUGAAAGACAACAGAAAGGUGAAGAACAAGAAGAGAUGGAGUCAGAUUAUGUACAUGUCUUAUGUUCUCGACUUCCUUGUCAGACAGUAUAUCGGCCCUUCAGGAAACCCGGAAGUUGACGAUAGCCACGCCUUCAUCCUCACAACCGAUGCUGAUGUUAAUUUUACACCAGAUUCUGUGGAGGCAUUGCUUGAUCUCAUGACACGUGACCAAUCAGUAGGAGCUGUGUGCGCACGCACACAUCCAAUCGGAUUUGGUCCUCUGGUGUGGUACCAGAAAUUCGAAUACGCGAUUGGUCACUGGUUCCAGAAGGCUGCCGAAGACGUCUUGGGUUCGGUUCUUUGUGCCCCUGGGUGUUUCAGUGUGUACCGGGUGAGUGCCGUUCGAGAUAUCGUGUCCACUUACGCCUCCAAUGUCGAGAAGGCAUUCGAAUUUCUCACCAAAGACAUGGGCGAGGAUCGCUGGUUCUGUACGCUACUGGUUCAAAGUGGCUGGAGAAUAGAGUAUUGUGCCGCUUCUGAGAAUAAGACCCAAUGUCCGGAGGAAUUUGAGGAGUUCUACAAACAAAGGAGACGUUGGAUUGCAUCAACGAUCGCCAACCUGAUUCUCCUCGUCCGGGAGUGGAAGAUCAUCAGUAAGUUUAACCAACGGGUGUCCAUCUUCUUCACCAUAUACCAAGGCCUGCUUCUCUUCUCUACGCUGAUUGGACCAAGUGUCGUUAUCUUGAUUGUCUCAGGAGGCCUUGUUUAUGCUUGGGCUGUAAGCAGCGUGACUACCAUCAUACUUCAAUGUAUAACCUGUGUGGGCUUCACAAUCAUCUGUCUCUACUUCUCACAAACCACACAGAUGAAGGUGGCCAAGUUACUGACUUUCCUGUACGCAUGCGUCAUGAUGGCUGUGACUGUCGGAACUGCCCAACAGGUGGUGCAGGAUCUCGCGUUCGGUGAUGACAGCAAACCCAUCACGGCAGAUAACAACACCGGUGGAGUGGAGGUCAUUACAAAGAGUCCAUCAGAUGUCAGCAUGGGAUUUCCGGUGUCCUUGACCACUCUGUACUUGGGAAGUCUGAUUGGAAUAUUUCUAACCGCUGGUCUUCUUCAUCCUCGAGAGUUUACGUGCCUUGUGCAUGGCUUAUGGUACCUGAUAUGCUUACCUUCGGGAUACCUCAUCCUCAAUAUAUACAGCGUGUGUAACAUCACGGAUAGAUCAUGGGGUACUCGAGAAGAGAAAACAAAGUCGGUAGUGAAAGAUACGCGGACGUGGUACGAAAUUGUAGGGGACACCUCUCGAAAAUUAUUCGGUUGUUGUCAGAGAGAAGAAAGACCUGCGCCCAGUGAACAAGCUGUCGUGGUUCGAGCUCGGCACUCUUCUGUAACAGAACCCCACCACAAGACAAGCGAGAGUCAUCUUUCUAAACCAUUUACAGAAGAAAAGGACCGAGAACCUGAAGUUGACUUACAACGUAGUCUGUCAGUCGACAUGCUACAGGACGACGUGGAGGAGAGCUACUUCGAGGAUGAUAUAACACCACAACCAGUGGAAGAAUGGCUGGAUAAAGAUUUCCGGGACUACGUACCUUUAUUCAAAAAGCAUGGUUUUGACAGUACGAUUUUCAUCAGUGCUAUGAAAGAAAAGGAUCUGACUUCAAUUGGGAUAAAAAAGAAGGCUCACGCGACGUACCUCAUGGAGCGAAUCAAAGUACUUCCAGAAUUCCGAAUCGAGGUCAAAGUACCGGAGAACGUGUCCGCCUGGCUCUAUGAGAUAGGGCUGGAACAGUACUACGGCGCCUUCAAAUCAAACAAAAUCACGGCACCAAAGGAUCUGGAAAUUCUCAAAUCUUUUUCACGAAAAGAAAUUGAAACGGAAUUGAAAAUCACCAAAUCUGGUCACGUGGCUAGACUGUUGACCGCCAUCAAGCACCUGAGGAACCCAACUGAAGAGGAAUUGAAACGUAUCGAGGUGAAGAAACAGCUCGGCAACACGGAGUGUUACGAGAUAGAACACAUUAACCAAGAGGAACAUAUCUUUUGGAAUGAGCUGAAGGACGUCUGUCUCAAGCCUAGCUCUACCGCAUUCGGUCACAACGAGGACCUGAAAGAAAAACUUGGAGAGUUAAGAAACAACUUUCUCGGGAUUCUCGCGGUCUCUAACACCUUGUGGUUGAUUCUCCUGGCAACCCUGGCAUCUAAGAUGGAGCUAAAAGUUUCUGGAACGGAUCCUGUCGGACUGGUGUUCUUGGGAAUUUUCGGUUUUCUCUUCGUCCUGCAGUUUCUUUGUAUGCUUGUCCAUCGCCUGACGACCUUCGGUCACUUCUGUGCGCGCGCGCCUUACAGAUUUGGCCAUCAGUAUAACAGUUCCUGGAAGUUUGCGGACGGUAACACGGGCUGUAAUUUAAGCGAUGACGACAGACAGGCUCUCAACGAAGCCAAGGAGGGCGAUAAAAAGAUAAAAGCUCGUUUAAUAUCCCAGAAGCGAAAACACCGGAAACAGCAUGUGUCUAUAGCAGACGAGAAAGAACAUUUACUAAAGGACCUCAAUAAGACUUCUUAUUUCUGA